AUGGCUUCCUUCGUUUAUCUUCUAGUCUCCCUUGCAAUUGCUCAAUACACUCGUUAUCGUUUCUUUCGGGUCCGUCAAGACGUACAUGCACUUUCAGGUCCUUCUUCAUCUAUCGCAAGUUGGCUCUGGGGACAUGAACUCCUCGUCUUCCAACACGAAUCCACUCAACUAUACUCAAUAUGGGCACACACCUUUGGGUCGGUUUUCAGAAUCAAAGCUGCGCUAUUUCAUGAGGAUAUUAUUGUUGCUGCAGAUCAUGCUGCAGUUCAGCAUAUCUUCGCUGAUACAGACAAUUACGUCGCAAACGUCAUCGGAAAAGGUCUUGUAUGGGCUGAAGGCGAUGACCACAAGACUCAACGUCGAAUUCUGAAUCCCGCGUUCUCACUCGAAAGUAUCAAGGGAAUGACAACUGAUAUCGUAGAAUGUUGCGAAAAAAUAGAAAGCAGUCUGGUUAACCGCCUUCUAGCUCACACAGGAGGUGUCACCGUCAAUAUCGUCGAAUAUAUGUCAUCUUGCACACUCAACAUCAUAGGACGUGUCGCAUUCGGACACGAUUUCAAAUCUACCGUACUCGAGACAUCAUCAUCUGAGCCUCCUACUGAUGCACAAGCCAUCCGCGACUCUUGGAACGAUCACGUCAACACUGGUCUCACACCAUCUGCAUUCCUCGCACCUCUCGUCGUUCGCGCCAUUCCUGCGAUCACCAAAGCUCCCCUACCACUCAUGCAGACGCAGGGCGCCAUCAAGAUGAUUGUGCGAAGAUUAGCUGGGCGUUUGAUGCAGAAUGGUCACGGUCUCGCGGGAGGGCAGAGUAAGGACAUUUUCAGCAUCUUACUGAAUUCACGCAAGGGUAAGGAGCAGGGCGAACGUGGUCUAACAGAUGAGCAAAUAUUGGACAACGUCAGCACUUUCAUGAUGGUUGGCCACGAGACUACGGCAGGUUCGGCCAAUUUCACUCUUCUCGAACUUGCAAGAAGGCCAGAUAUCCAGCAAAAGCUACGUCAGGAAGUGAUCGAAUGCGGGCAUGAACUAAGCUACGACCAUGUUCAAAAAUUGCCAUACCUAGAUGCCAUCGUCAAAGAGGGUUUGCGACUGUACCCUGCUUCACCGCAAACAGAACGAGUCGCCCUAAAAGACGAUGUCAUCCCACUCAGCAAGCCGAUCCGUACAUCAACUGGUCGAACCAUGAACCAGAUCAAAAUCCGCAAAGGCCAGGUUAUUCAUAUCCCUUUCACUACGAUGCAAACCAACCCAGCUGUCUGGGGACCUGAUGCCGCGUCUUUCAAACCCGAGCGGUGGCUGAUACCGGGUGGUGUCCCUCCACCAAGCGAGCUUCCCCAUGGGUGGAGUGGACUUGUCACGUUCUGUGAUGGACCUAGGAUGUGUAUAGGCUACCGGUUAGCUAUACUGGAAUUCAAAAUAAUCCUAGCAACGCUUGUUCGCUCCCUACAGUUCCACGACACAGAAGCUGUCGUCCUUCAAAAAAUAUCACCAACGCUGCAGGCGGUGACAGAUGGCCGGGGCGGUUUACUGCCACUGCAUAUCACGCUGGCGUAG